CCAAAUUAUGGGGACUGGGGUCAAGAAUCAAGAUCAAUUUUCAAUAUGGCGGAUUCGGACACCGCGAUUGUGGGAUUGGCAAUAAUAGCAAGAGAUUUAGCUAAGAGGUUAAAAAGGAGACAAAGAAAGUGGGGAAAAUAUUUCUUUCGCAGAAAGAAAAAAAUGGCCAUUUUAUUUCUCAGACUAAGUGAAAUCUAUCUACGUCGAGAGACGGUGCUAAGAAGGUUCUGGCAAGAGCCAAGCAGAGGGAAAAGUUUAUUUUGGGAAAGAACCGCAAGUCAGUGGGUCGAUGACAAUCUCUGGGUUGAAAAUUUCCGCAUGUCGAAAAAUUCUUUUCUUGCAAUCUGUAGAGAAUUAAGCGAAGUCUUACACAAGAAAGAUACAAGGUUUCGUAAAGCCAUUACUCUCGAAAAAAGAGUAGCUGUUUGCUUGUGGCAUCUUGCAACAGGCGAAGACAUGAGAUCUUUAGGCUGGCGAUUUGAUAUUGGCAAGAGUACAGCUUGCCAAAUUGUUAAUGAUGUGUGUGAGGCUAUAGCUGUUGUGCUUUUACAAAAUGUCAUUAAAUGGCCAACAGGAGAGGCAUUGAAAUCCGUAUUAAAAGGGUUUAAAGAAGAAUGGCAAUUUCCACAGUGUGCAGGUGCUAUAGAUGGGACACAUGUCCCAAUUGCUGCUCCAUCAGAAUACCCAUCCAAUUAUUAUAACAGGAAGUGUUUCUACUCAAUUAUCAUGCAGGCUGUAGUGGAUCAUGCAUACAGGUAAACAAUAAAAGUGCAAAUAAGUUCAUAACGUGCAACCUUUAUAGUGUAUGUAAUCUACAAGAUACUCUUUUAAAUACUUUUAGAUUUAUAGACAUCUAUAUCAAAUGGCCAGGAAAGGUGCAUGAUGCUAGAGUGUUCUCUAAUUCAUCUCUGUUUCAUAAGGGUCAACAAGGGCAACUUUUCCCCAACGUAAGUAUGAGAUGUGAUGAAAUUUGUUAAAGAUAUCAUGGUAUUAUAACGUUUAGAUGGAUCCCAUUCCCAUAACCCUUUAAGUGGAAUGCACCCUGAUGUGCCCUAAAAGAUAAUACAGUUACCUUUAUUUAGUGGACAGAAAAUAUCGGUAAUUGUGAAGUUCCAAUUACACUAAUUGGAGAUGCAGCCUACCCUUUGUUACCCUGGCUAAUUAAGGGAUUUCAAGAUGAUGGAAAUCUCUCACGAAGUCAAAUCCAGUUCAAUAGAAGUCUUAGCAGCGCACGUAUGGUAGUAGAAGGAGCAUUUGGCCGUUUGAAGUGUCGAUUUCGUUGUCUUCUUAAGAGAAAUGAUACAAGCCUGCAGAAGUUACCUGUCAAAAUUGCGGCGUGUUGUGCUUUACAUAAUAUAUGUGAAAUGAAUGGGAAAAGUUUAACCCAGAGUGGCUUCAGAAUGAUGUUAAUAAUAAUAUCAACAUAAUUAAUGAUGUUCACAUCCCUGACGCAACUGCCAUAAACAUUCGACAAGCACUAACUAAUUUCUUUAGUGCACAAAAUGCGUAACAUAUUAACAAAAACUGAUGCAUGCAAACUAUAACUUUACAAAGGCUGCGUUUUGCCUUUUUGGUUCAUAAAAACGUUAACAGUACCAAAAUUAUGUAAUUAAUAUGGUCAUAUGUUUGAUAAACUGUUC